AUGCGGCCCAAUCAUUUUUUGAUCCUUGCUCUCCUGUUUUCGUCGUUUUCGUUGUUGGUGCUCAAAGUUCAUGGUGAUCCGCCACAUAUUUUGCUGAUAGUCUUAGACGAUUUAGGAUGGAGUGAUGUUAAGUUUCAUGGUUCAAAAAUCAACACUCCAAACAGGGAUAAACUUGCUUCUGAAGGCGUAAUACUGGAUAAUUACUAUGUACAACCAAUUUGCUCUCCAACCAGGGGUGCUCUCCUUUCCGGAAUGUACCCUAUACAUACAGGUAAAAAUGCGUCGCGCAAAUUAAGCAUUACUGCCAUUACUUGUACCGCUUUCUUAGCAUAGCUUGUUGUUUGUUGAAGUGUCAUCGCUGCGCACUCGCAAUUUUUUCCAGCAGUUUCAAUGCCAUCGUUGAACUCAUUCCUCUGGUUUACGGAUAAUUUCUUUUCCGGGUAGGGGUAUUUACAAGUGAUUACCCUAAAAGCCAUGCAAGAGAGAAACUUCUGCUCGCAGGGUAAAAAAAAUUUAGUUCGGUCCUGAGAAGAACUUGGUCAAUACCAAGCCUUCUUGACCUAACGCUUGGUCAUUAACUUUAUAACACUGUUUCAAAGCGAACACAUUGAUUGAUUGUAGGGUUACAGAACGGAGUUAUACGAUCUACGGAGCCAUAUGGACUUCCACUUAACAUCACCAUCUUACCGCAGAAACUCAAAGAAGCAGGUAAGGACAAACUGACUUCAACAACCUUGUGCUAACUAGUUCCAUUUACUCCCAAAUGCUUGGCGUACCCAAUCAAUGAAAAUCGAUAUCCAGACUGCGUUCAGUCUAUUAUUUCUGUUUUUUAAAAUCGCAGUAGAUGGACAGCACGAGUGAGAAGAAGAGCAAUUCUUUUUCCUCUCUCUACCCCCAAAUCUCCCCUACUUUUAAUCAUUUGUAAUUUGCUGGCAUUAUUUUACUUUCUCGCUCGCCCUUGGCUCCAAGGAAAGAGGGACGACCACUCCCGAUCUAAUCGAUAUCAAUCAUUUUGCAAAUUAAUGGUUAGUGAAUUGAAUUGAGUGAAGUGCAAUUUAGUCUGUAUCUGAUCGGACGGGCGCGCAGCGUGACUAAAAAAAAAAAAAAGUGGAUGAGGUUUUUGUCAUAUCCGGAAUAAUCAUAUUAUUCCUCGAUUAUUUAGGAUAUCACAAAAACCGAAUCUAUAAUAAUAGUUUUAUUAUGCAUUGCUUUGAAGAAAAUAACGAGAAACACACUGUCGCAAGGAACCUGAAUUGACAUAAUUGUUAUUGAAAUUAGUCAGUUAUCUGCUAGCAGAUAACUAAUUAAUCUGUAGGUUGCGGUGAUUUCCCAAAAAAACUGUAGGCUUUUAGCCAAUGAGAAGACAGAUAAUGAGUACAAUGUAUAAUAAUAAUGCUUGUAUGUAUCCGUAUCUCCGUAUGUUACCUCUUUGUUACAUACGAAUGACAUGCGAAUAUAAGGGAAAAAAUGUUUUGCGCUACCUUGCGCUAAAUGGAAUAAUUCACUUAGGUUGCAUUUUGAGACAUUAUUAAAAUUUGUCAUAAAUACAUCUUUGCAUGGUUUUUUAAAGUUACAUUUCUCAACAUUGUUAGACUUGAGGAUUGUUUAAAAAGAUGAAAAAGGCAUUCGAAUGUUUCCGUAUGUUACUUACUUGACAAUCGUAUGCAUCCGUUAUCCUGCGUUGCAGCCGGCCCACGCACUCGUCUAAACCAUUUGUACAUUCAGUCUGCAUAGUCUAUAUAGAAGGUUUAGAGCGUCUGCGACGCAGGCUAGCAUCCGUAUGUUGCUUGCAUGUAUCCCUAUAUAACCCGUAAGUUUCUCGUAUGUAUUCACUUAGUAAAAGCGAAGUUAAUCUGUUUCAGUAACAAAUAUCGACGAAAUAUGGCUGUGUAAUGCUUUUCCGACCCGGGGCCAACUUUACGCAUGAACACACAGGCAAUCACUGAUUUUAACUGGUAACUUGGAAACAAAUGAUACAUUUGUCAAUUUUAACAAUUACCAUUGAAGAGUGGGACCAAAGGAUCCCAUUUCUUGUUUGUAGGAUUUUUUGUAGAUACUUGUUUGUAGGUUUCAAUUUUAUACACUUUUUUUACAUUUUUAGCUAAGGGAUCUUGUUGAAGGUUCUACAACCCGCCCAGAUGUACUGUCUUUGGGCGCCACUAAAAACUAUAUUUCAAAAGCUUUAAAAUGCACUCAUUUUUAUUUCACAACAGGAUAUUCUACACAUAUGAUAGGAAAGUGGCAUCUGGGAUUCUGUAGCUGGUCAUACACUCCACGAUACCGUGGCUUCGAUUCAUUUUAUGGCAUAUAUCUUGGCGCUGGAGAUCAUUACACACACGAAACAGCCAGAAUUCUUGAUCUACAUGAUAACGAAACGCCUGUAGAAAAUAAAGACGGAGUUUAUUCUACGUAUCUUUACGCUGAGGUUUGCAAUAACAAUAGAUUUUUAUUUAUUCUUUUUUUUUUUUUUUCGUUUAGCUGUUUCACCUACCUGAUCAUACGGAGAAAAGAAAUGUAGUACUUUUUACCACAAAAAAAAUCUUCCGGAUCUUGACUGUCGACUGUCAUAUUUUUUUGUGACAAAUGUAUGAGAGUUGCGGAAAUGAAAUCAAGUGAAGAAUGGUCCUUGCAGUUGUGAACGCAAUUUAUGCAAUUGCGUAAGAGAAGCCCGCAAAAAAUUCACGACUUCAACGGGAUUUAUACCCUUGACCUAGCGAUACCAGUGCGACGUUCUAACCAGCUAACGCGCGGGGUGGGGGGUGUACUGCCAUACAUGGGCUAUAUAGGUAUGUGCCGCUGUGAAGGGUACGGUUUUCAAGCGGUUUACUCUAGGAUAGGGUAUAUACAUCAGAACAUUUGGGUCUAGAAUAAGGUAUCAUUUUUCAGAAAACUGAUCAGUUGGUUGAAGAUUUUAUCUAGACCAGGGAAACAGCUACUCUAUAGGGAGGAUUUGGGGCGUUUACUCUAGCAUAGGGUAGCAAAAUUUAGCUGAACUAGCUCUGGUAUAGGUUAAGGGUUCCAGGGUCCCAGCGGUACUUCCCCACCCAGAAAUUCCUAAAGUGCCUCCACCCCCCCAGGGCAAACUAAGCUAUGAAGCCACUGAUGCUGGGAGCAGGUCAUGUGUUCGGUAUCGCGAGGUCUCGGGUUCAAAUCCCGUUAAAGUCCUGAAUUUUUUUCAGGCUUCUCUUACGCAAUUACAUAAAUUGCGUUUACAACUGCCAGGAUCAUUCUUCACUUGACAAGAUAUUAUUGUUGAUUAGUCAGGAGAGGAAAACAUUAAGGAACAGGACAGCAAACAGUUCCAAUACAUAAAAGUCUGGAAUUACAAGCCUCGACCAUUCUUUUUUGAAUUUAAUAGAUAUAUAUAUACAAAUUUUAGCGUCACCUGCCCCCAACACAGUAAAGUGGAUGUCAAUUUCGAGCGCUUUUUAUUUGCAGCAAGCACAGAAGGUAAUUCUAUCCCACAAUGCCUCGACACCAUUGUUUUUAUAUCUACCAUUUCAAAGCGUCCAUAGUCCUCUGCAAGUUCCCACCGAGUACACGGAAAAGUACGAAAACAUCACAGAUGAUGACAGAAGAAUCUAUGCAGGAAUGGUUGAAAAUGUUGAUGAAGCAAUAGGAAAUAUAACAGAGGCCAUGAAGACAGCUGGGUGAGUAGAUAAUAAGGAGAGAUCUGGACCUGUCAGAUAAAACAUCCAUUUAUUUGAGAUCAAAGUUACAUUAGGGCACCCAUAAGAAUUUGAAGUGCCCAUUCGUAAUAAGCACUUAGGGGUACGGAAGCAGGGAUCAUAAGUAAAUUCCGGGGGAGAAACAAAAGGAAAUACGAUAUUAAUCCCCGGGGAAACCCUUUACUUGUCAUUCCGUUAAGGGGUGAAAAUCGCCAAAAGUUGGUCUCACUUUGUAAGUUUUUCAUUAAAAGCAAAUAUUUUUUACCCACACAGGUACAACUUAGUUUUGUGCGGGACGAAAUCGCCACAUAAAAGUGAUAAAGAAACUAACUGCAAAAACCGUGGACGAAGAUCCCGCUGGUUGUAAACGUUGGAUCUCUAGAAAAAAGAUCUAAUCAGCUAAAAUGUCCAAAAAACUAGAAGUCCAAAGACCACUACAAAGCUGAUCAUAACAACGUGUUUUGUUUUUUUCAUAACAAUAUUUCUGUUGGCCAUACCAGCCUUCUUCAGGUUUACAGAUGUUACUGAAUUUAUGAUAGGAACUACAAUAAUUAGUAUAUAGAUAGAAAUGUGGCAAUAACCAUUGUUGACAAGGGAGAGGCGGAAAUGAAGUACAACAUAGAAAAGAAAAGAAAAACUAAUAAGGAUAUGGAUUACAAUGAUUCGUCACGGCAGUUUAGGCCAUUAGGUUCAAGAGUCAUGGCCUUAUCUAUCAAAUGUGACUCCCUCGCCUUAGUGACCGAGUCACGUGAAGAGUGAAUUUUCCCUAAUGAGAUUAACUGCAUGUCAGUGUGAGAAUGGUCCGUGUGAGAGAGAAAGUGUUCAGAAACAUUAGACGGUUUAGAUUUAAUGUUAGUUUUGUCGACUGGACGUCUGUGUUCGUUAAAUUUGUCCUUGAGGCAAAAGUGACCAAACUGUGUUGAAGACAGUGUCGGUGUCAACAUUUUUAGCAGAAUUAAAAUCACUAUUGCGCUGAUUUGAUUGCCUGUUCUGGUAUGGUCUCUUCUAGAGCUUAAAAUAUUGAACCUAAGCCAAUACUUGAGAAAUAAGUUGUUAAUGACUAAAUCACCGCUUCGUGUCAAACAAAUAUUUAUCCCAAGUAUUAUAUGAAACGUCACAAACAACAAAAAUGAACUUUGAAAAUCUGAUAUGCUAUCAAGUUUCCAAAACCCACAAUUGCGGUCCGUUAAUCUCGUCAAUAAUAAUCUCGUCCUUAGCUCCUUUUGUAUUCGCCGGGUUAGUUGUACCUUCUCAUGUGUCACUUAGAUUAUUCGUUUUGCUUUACUUUCUGUUUAGUUUAUGGGACAACACUUUGUUGAUUGUGACUACUGAUAAUGGCGGGGCAUCUGAUGAAGGUGGUUACAACUGGCCUCUUCGUGGUGAAAAAGGAAGCCUCUGGGAGGGAGGGGUCAGAGGAGUGGGUUUUGUUCAUGGAAAAAUGCUGCAGAGGACUGGAGUCACGUGCAAGGAGCUUUUUCACGUGACUGACUGGUACCCAACCCUCCUCCAUCUUGCAGGUUUGCCCCCAUUGAUUGUUAUAAAUACUUAGAUCACGUCACUCCUUUAGAUCACUGAAGUGCCCUGUAAGAGUUGUUGAUUGUCUAUUUUUAAUUAGUAGAAAAACAAAACGCUAUUAACUUUGCCAGGUGCUUUGCUUCUUGUUCCUUGUCAGGCAUAGAAGAGGAUUCUGAUAGUUCAGCGCUGGAUGGCUUCAACAUAUGGCCCGCAAUUUCUGAAGGGGUCCCAUCAGAAAGAACAGAGAUUCUUCACAAUAUUGACGGAAACAGUGCGGCAAUUCGUGUGGGCGACAUGAAGCUGUUGUUAAACGUAAAGAAUCAAGAAUGGUAUGAACCGCCAGAGUUGUCCUCUGGGGCAAGGAAAACGAAAAAGGUAUUAACAAGAGAGCAUGAUGGGAUAGAGAGGGAAACGCCUUGUCUACUGAGCCCUUGGGAUUGAUGGGAAUUUCACCGAAAAUAUUUUUAGACCAAAUAAACGCUUGAAAUUAAUCGGAGGUUGGUUUCCAGGGAGGUCCACGAACUUUUAAUCACUCAGUAGUUUUAAGAGGAAACUCAACAGUCACCACUCAUAAUUCUGCAUUGUUUGAGGCAGUCUCAAUGCUAUGGCCCUCAUCUUGCUAUUUUCUAGAAUGGUAUCUUCUAGGGGUGAAAUUAAGCUUAGGCCAUGCUGGGUUUAAUCCCAAUAGGCCAUUUUACAGUUAUGUAUGGAACCGAGGCUGGGGUUGACCUUGCUUUGAUACAAACCUUCCUGCUUUAUCAUGUAAAUCAAGUUAUUCUUAUGCUAACCAGUAUUUUUCACGUACAAUUUCCAUAACAAAGAAAAGGAGGUUUGUAUCAAAACAAGGUCACCGUCAGCCUCACAUUCACUCGAAGGCUAGGGUGCUUAGUCCACAACGGAAAAAUGGUCUAUUGCCCGAAGAGCCCCUCGGCUCGCUUUACAUGUCGGUCACCUCUCUCCUCCGCUCCCCCACACGCAACUGGGUAUUCCGUACGAGACCAAGUGCGUUAUCCACAGGAUAGAAGUUUUUCCACUGCAAAGCAUUGUCCUUAAUUUAAUGAACUGUUGCCAUCCACGAAUUCUGAACCAUACAUGAAGUCACCAAUACACCAAUAACGAGCUGACCACAGGCGGCCCAAGCUCAGUGUGUGAGUUUAAUCAUUAAUAGAUGUAGUUUCAUGUUGUGUAAUUUAAGCGAUUUCCUUUAACUUGAGAAACUCGAGGUUAAAAUAAAUCGCUUAAAUCGCAAUGCAUAGGGGAAAUAUCCAAACAAAGCAAAGUAAAUACGGUAAGCUGUAUUUUAUUGAACAUUCUAGCGAGUAUUUAUCUACUUGAAUCUUUUACCUGAAUUCCCAUAUAAAUCCUUUAUAUUCACGGCCAUUUUAAAUUAUGAAGUAUGAAACUACAUGUAUUAAUGAUUAAACUCACACACUGAGCUUGGGCCGCCUGUGUUCUGACGUGCUGAUUAUAUCCACUUUCCUUCUUUUAAUCCUACAAAAUUAAUUAUAAACAAACUAACGAGCUGCGAUUUGCUAUUUAAAAUCUUAUCAUCCAGUUUAGUUAAAUGUUUAGUUGUUUAGUUGUGACACAUUGCUUCAUAUACAUAUUUUCUUUAAUCUUCUAACUGCCUCCUUUUGUCAUCCGCAGAAAUCUGGUCGCAAAAUUAGAGCUGCACUUUACAAUAUCACCGCUGACCCAAAUGAGAGUCAAGAUCUCAGACGCACGUACCCGGAUGUGGUAAGGACGUUAAGAAGGAGAAUCAGGUAUUACAGGAGGGGCGAGGUGCCUUCUGGGAAACAAAGCUCUGAUCCAGAAGCAAGGAAACUGGCGCGCAAAAAUGGGUAUUGGGGCCCAUGGAUUGACUGA